GACCGAGCGCUCUGGGGCUGCCGAACAGGUCUCUUUGGAGAAAUAAAAAUCGCUGUCACCCCACAACGCCACGUGGGCUCCCGUAAUUCAUCAGCCCUUGGGGGAGAACAAGGCUUCCCUUCUGCGACAAACAGAUUUUCCAGGAGAAGCGGCCAAGGACGUGGUGGUCUCCCUGAAGGUGGCAGACAGGCAGCCUGGUGCCCGAGUGACAUGAGCCUUCUAUUGACCGGCCAGAAGUUCCCUGGAUUGAAGGCCAGCGGAGGGAAAUCAUUGAUUCUCCGACAUCCUCUAGGAGGAGAAAGUCAAUUAGGAAAGCUGCCGGGCCAGAGCCGCCAUGGACGACUACGACAUCAGGUCGGCUGCCAGCAUCCUGGCCUCUGUCAAGGAGCAGGAGGCCCGCUUCGAGCGACUCACGCGGGCCCUAGAGGAAGAGAGGCGGAACGUGUCCCUGCAGCUGGAGCGGGCUCACCAGCCCUGCGAGCAGCCUCGGGCCAGCACGUGCACCAUUGGCAACGGGCAGCCCCUGGCUACCGCCUGGCAGCAGCUGGUCCUGCAGGUAACGCGUCCCUGCAUGCCCCCAGCAUGGCGCCCGAACCUGGGGCUGGCGGGGCCACUCUGCCGGCCACGGGGCUGCUGCUUCCUGCCCCGGCCCAGGGAGGCGGCUCUGCUUUUCCUCGAUGGCGCCCCUCUGUGGAUCGGGGUCUGCAUGUGAGCGGGGGAGGGCUCGAGGGUCUGGGCCCACGUCCGGCGGCGGCCUUGUAUUUCGGUGCAGGACUCUUUGUACUGUGCCGUCCUGGACGGAGCCAGGGCUGAAGCCGCCCGUGUUUCUGGGACUGGGUUUGUCAGACAGGCAGCCAUUGCUGAGAGGUGUCCAGGGGCAGCACCACAGAUCGGGCUCUGGAGGGUGGCUGGGCCUGGCCCACUGGUCAGCCAGGGGCAGAGUGGAAACUCGAGCCCGUCCAGGUCUCCUCCAUCUCAGGUCCGGGGCUCUUCCUGCUGGGCUGAGAUGCCUUUCUGUUGACCUCAUGGAGCCAUUUGGGGAACUGAGUUAUUCUGAAUGACAGCGAGGGUCUCUGCCUGGCUAUGGGGUGACCCAACCUUUCUGCAUGCGUCAAUCAAUGAGGCAGCCAGGCACUGAGUACUCGGCCAGCUGGGCUUGUACUGGAGGGAGAGUGAGAUUCUGCGAAGCUCCCCCGGGCUAAGGGAAGGGGGCACAGCAGGGCUUUGUCACCCACAGUCCGUCAGCUCACUUGUUCCUAGCAGGAUCGCUGUCUUUCAGUAGCAUGGAUGUCCUUUGUCAUAGCUCAGUAACAUUAUUCUGAGAAGGGAUCCCCAGGCUUGCCUAGAUGACCACCACAGGGAGUCAAAAGGCGAAGAAGCCUGGUAUAAAGGGUCAUUGGUUUAGAAGCCGGAGGAAACUUGGUGGACUUGGGAGCAUAGAUCCAGGGCUAAGAGGAAGCUUGGAGGCCAUCUCCUCCCAUUCUCUCAUUUCACAGAUGAGGAAGCUGCUGCCCAGAGAGGUUUAGUGACUUGUCUAAGGACACACAAGGAGAGCCAGCCAGGGCUUAUAUUCUAGUCCCUAGGACUCCAAAUUCUUGUUGCAUAAUGCUAGCAAAUACUCCUCUCUAGAAAAUUCUUCAGGGUGGAAUGAUUCUUAACUGAUAAUCUUUGGGGAAAUACACCAAUGGGGGCUCAAACUGAUGUCAUUAGAGAUUAGAGUGGUUCUCGACUGAUAACCUUAUGGGGAAACCCACCAGUUGGGGCUCAAGUUGGUGGCAUUAAGGAUUAAAGUGAUUCUCAACUGAUGAUUUCUGGGGAAAGCAUACUCAUGGUGGGCUCAAAUUGAUGUCGUUAGAGAUUCAAGUAAAUCUCAACUGAUAAUCUUAAGGGGGAAACUCACCAGUUGGGGCUCAAAUUGGUGGCAUUAAGGAUUAAAGUGAUUCUCAACUGAUACUUUUUGAGGAAAUACACCAAUGGGGGCUCAAACUGAUGUCAUUAGAGAUUAGAGUGGUUCUUGACUGAUAACCUUAUGGGGAAACCCACCAGUUGGGGCUCAAGUUGGUGGCAUUAAGGAUUAAAGUGAUUCUCAACUGAUACUUUUUGAGGAAAUACACCAAUGGGGGCUCAAACUGAUGUCAUUAGAGAUUAGAGUGGUUCUUGACUGAUAACCUUAUGGGGAAACCCACCAGUUGGGGCUCAAGUUGGUGGCAUUAAGGAUUAAAGUGAUUCUCAACUGAUAAUCUUUGGGGAAAGCACACCAGUGGGGGCUCAAAUUGAUGUCAUUAGAGAUUAUAAUGAUUCUCAACUGAUAAUCUUGGGGUAAAGCAGAGCAGUGGGGGCUCAAGCUGAUGGCAAUAGAGAAUUCCUCCCAGCUCCUCAGGUGUGCCCGUAGCACCCUGCUGGGGUGUUGGGGACCUGGCAUGUCGGGGGGAGUGAGAGUUGACAGAGGAUAUCUGAAGAAUUUAUAUGGUCUAUGCCAGUGCCAUUUCCAUCCUAUGCUCUUGCCUCCCCGUCAAUAAAAAAACUUCCUGUACCUGCUACCUCCCAACAGACUAUCAAACAAGUACAAGCCAGCCCCCAACCUAAUUAGUUUCCAAGAUCAGAUGAUUCUGGGUACAUUCUGUUGGCACCUUGGGCUGUGCCUGGCAUGUGUUCAGUGCCUAAUAAUGGCCAACUGGUUGAUUGAUGGCAUGCUCUGUUCUACCGCCCCAGGCCAGGGGUGUUGUAGGAACUGGCGUCCAGCUUUUCUGGAACACGACCCGCCUGUCUCGUGGGACGCAACCAUGGGGUUUCAUUCUCAGUCAUCAUGCCAGGGUUCUGCCAAGGCGUGCCCUGUCUCUGUUCCUGGGUCUGCUCUAGAGGGUCUCCUUGCAGGUUCGUUGGGUUGGGGGCAUUUGGAGAAAAGAAAAUGGACUGACUUCCUGUUGGUCCCUAGGCUGUUCCUCUUGAGCAGGGCUUGGCCAUUGGGUUUUCUUGGUCGGCUUUACUGCAGCUUACCCAAAAUAAACCAGCCCAGAAUGACUCCCUGGGAUGCACGGCUCCCCCGUCUCCUGCCCAUGGCAGCAUGCAGCUAAGCUGGGCUUCUGUGUUGUUUUUUAAAGAGAGUUCUGGUAUUGUUUUCUAAAGAAGAAAGGGAAAAUAGAGGGGGAAAGCCAAGAUGGAGAGGGUCCAUACAGGCUCAGAAAAGACAAAACCAAGGUCUUGUGGAGUUUGGGGGCCGCUCAGUGGACGUUCGGAGUCCGUUCUGUCCUCUGAAGGGUGACCAAGCUGGACAGGGCUGCCUCUGCUUAGCCCACUGAGACUGGCACACCCGGCCGGGCACCUGGCAGUGGCAGCAGGAGGAAAAGGUGUCUAUUCAGUGCCAUUUCUUAAGAAGCCACAGUGUGCCAGCCGCCAUGCUCGGGGCUGGACAUGAAGACAUUCAGGCAGGCGGGAACAUUGGAUACUUGGAGGAGAAGAGUGAAAUGAGGUCACCGGGAGGGCUUCGAUGGCCAACAUCAGAAUAAUGUUGAAUCCUGCAGACGGGAAUGUUUGUGACACAGUCAGAGCUGGGGCUCGGGAAAGCCAACUGAGCGGACAAUGAAGGAGAGCCUGGAGAAGGGAGAGAGUGGAGGCAGGGAGGCCAGGAAGGAGACCAGGAAAGAGGCAUCUUUUCUUUUUUUCUUUGCUAAGCCAACUUCAUUUCCCAGUACUUAGGGUGGUGCCUGGCACAUAGUAGGCACUUAAUAAAUGUUGGUUGAUGGACUGGCUGAUAGCUAGCACCCUGGUGACCAUUUCCAGGGCUUCAGACCACUCAUUUGUUUUCUCAAAAUCUGCUUGUGUCAGCAAACUCUCUGAAACAGCUGCCAGCUCAAGGGCUGCCCUUUCCCGUGGUGAUAGUGAGAGCGAACUUUCAGAAUCAGGAGAUUCUCUCCAAGCGUUAGAGAGUUUUUAAAUGGAGCAAGUUCAGAUAAAAGCACCCACCAGGGAUUUCUGAGCUGAUUUCCAAGUUGGGGAGAGGAAAGUCCCUCUUAGAUGGGUCUCCUCCUCUGAAGGAGGGCCUUGAAGUAAGCCUGGGCUCUGCCCACUUCUGCCAUGUUGGUAACACUUUACAUGUGCCACCCACCUGCACUCCCAUAGACCUGGCUCUCAUCCUUAGAGGCUGCCAGGUGGUACAGUGGUUAGAGGUCGAGAGGAAGGAAGACCUGAGUUCAGAUCUUGAUGCUGUACUAGCCCCAUUUAUUUUUAAGAACUAUUUUUUUAAAUUACUGGGAAAUUUGGAAAUCUGUCUGGCAGAAACUAUGUUUAGGCCAACAUCUCAUACCAUAUAACAAGAUAUCAUCCACAUGGCUAUGUAGACACCAAAAGGGUGAUAUAAAGAAAUUAGAGCAAGGAAAGAAUUCUGUUUCAGCUCUAUUGGGAGAUGAAGAAUUUAGGACCAAAGUGUAAGCAGGAUCUCAGGAGAAACUGGACAGUUUUGAUU